UACUUUUAUUUAUUUAGUAGUGAUAACAUAUUCUAUAUAUGUAUAGAUAUACUAUAUACAGUUCUCUUCUCCAUUGCAAGAAAGAAAGAACAAACAAUGGAAAACUCCAAACCCAAUGCCAAAUUGAAACUGAAACGUGCAAUGGAGAUGCUCACAGGUUUGGUUAGUUCGUCACAGACUCCAUUCUCCAAAUUUCACACACCCAAUCACCCUCCAUAUUCCCUGAUGAUAUUUAGGGCAAUAAUGGAGUUAAAUGAAGGAAAUGGAUCAAGUUAUGAGGAAAUAUUUGAGUUUAUUGAGAGGGAAUAUUGUGUUAUGCCUUUUGCACUUGGUCCAUUUCUAAGGCAUUAUUUAAGAAAACUUUGUGGGAGAAGAGAGGUUUUGUUUGUGAAUGAUGGAGUGUACAUUCUUCCGGAUGAGGGGUUGGAGUCGAAGAAGAGAAAAAGGGGUCGAAAAUCGGGGAAGAAAGUGGGGACACAAAGCAAAAUGAAGGUGGCAGUUGAAGAGAUCGGGAAAGGAAGACGAAUUGAAGAGCAGGGUGUGAGCAUUAAAGAGAAUGAUGAGCAAAAGAAAAGGGAAGAUGAAGAAGUGCAGAGGGAGGUGGCGGUGGUGGAAAAUGUUGACAAAGGAAAGGAAGAGGAGACCGAAAUUGCUGAAGAGCAAUCUAAGUUAGAAAGACAACAAGUGAAUGAUGUAGAAAAUGAGGCUGCAAUGCAGAGAACAAGCUUGGUAGUGAACAAUGAAGAAAUAGUACAACAAAUCACCAAAGAAAAAUAUGAAGAAGCCGAAACACUGAACAAAGAAGGUAAUGUUGCGGGGGAAAAACAGAAUGAAAUGAGUGAAGAGCAACAGCCUCAGGUUUUGGUUGAAAGAAAUGAAAGUGAAAACUUGAACAAAGAAUGUAAUGAAGGAGAAACCGAAGAAAAACAUAAUGAAGCGGUUGAUGAGCCGCUUGGAAUAAGCUUGAAGCGAACUGAAAAUGAUAAAUCGAAUGAAGAACACAAUGAAUCUGAGGAAAGACAGUAUGAAGUGACUGAAGAACAACAAACUAAACUAGUUGAUAAAACAUGUCAAUUGGCUGAGGCACAAAACCAACAGCAGCAGCAGCAAGACGAAGAAUCGAAGUUGAGUUACGAUACAACAACAACAGCAUCUGCAUUGAAUGAUGAAAAUGUUGAACAUGGGGAGCAAAAAAAUGAAGUGAUAGAAGAACAACAACAGCCUGGAAUGAGCUUUGACCGAAAUGAUGUUCAAACACAACAUACUAAAGUGAAAAAGAAACAACAACUAUACAAAAUCAGGUUCAGUUGCAAAACAAGAUCAGCAUCUGCUCAAACAGCCAUUACCCCUUCUAAUGAUCCGAGUAGUAAGGGCGAGCAGAUCAAUAUGGAACAGAUUUCAGAGCUUCCUAUUAUGCAAGUUUUUCCCGGGCUUAAAUCAUUCGAAAAGAAGUUAUGUCUCGUAUUGAAACGAAAGCAUGAUCAAUGUCAUGUUCAGAAGAGGCAACUGAGAUCCCAUAAUAGACUCAACAUACCUGCAUUAGUCCCCGAGACAACGAUUUUGGAACCGCCAAUGCUUCCUUCUGUUUCUGAAUCUGCUGCAUCUUCUGGACAUCAAAAUGAGCAAAAACCGAAAGCACUAAGGAAGCGAGGAAGGCCUUCUAAACCAAAAACACAAAUGAAAGAGAAGUUACCAAAAUGUUUAGGCCGAGGAAGACCUCCUAAACCGAAGACUGAUGAAGACUCGAUUUCGGGGGUUUGUGUUCAAAAUCAGAAAGAGCAACAACCCCGACGUCAAGACAGGGGAAGGCCUCGAAAACCAAAAUCAGAUACUGAGAUUUGAUACUAAUGCCUAGCUCUACAUUUGGGAUGCAAUGAGAAUUUUCAGCUGUUUUGCUUUGUUGAGAAUUUUCAACUAUAUUUAUGCUCUUUUUGUACAUACAUAUAUUUAACUAUAAUUAUUUUGAAGAUUAACAAGGAUUAUUAAGUUGAUAAA